CUCAGUGGGCGAAGAUGUCACAUAGCCGUGAUUAAUCUGGGGGAGCAGCUGAAAUAUUGAUAAGGGGGAAAACGGAAAUCAAACGAAAAGUAGAGGGCACAGAAGAGAGGGAAAGGGAAGCACGUACUGGAGCUGCGAGCGCUGCAGAAGCCCCCUGAGGAAAUGCCUGGUUGAUGCAGCCUGUCUGGAUGGGCUGGGAAUUCUAACUCCAGCGCUGCUUUGGAUCUAACAAGUUUAAUCUCUCCUUUGCAAAACUGCAGCGGCAGGGUAGUAACCCACAGCUGGUGGGGAGUUUUGGUUUUGGUCUCAACCUGGAUCUUUACAAACUGGUCUGCCACUGGUUGAGGGGAAAGGGUAUCAAAGAUCAAUUUUAGGACCUUUAAAAAUAUCUGUUAAACACGUAAGGAUGUUUCAGACCGUACCAGACACUUCGUCUUACGUCAAGGUAAGACAUGACAGCAUCUUUAAACAGGAGGCCCUGUCGGUGGUGAGCGACGACCAGUCCCUCUUUGACUCCACAUACGGCGCUGCCACUCACCUCCCCAAGGCAGACAUGACAGCCUCAGGGAACCCUGACUAUGGCCAACCACACAAAAUCAACCCUUUGCCUCCUCAGCAGGAGUGGAUUAAUCAGCCGGUCCGGGUCAAUGUUAAAAGAGAAUAUGACCACAUGAAUGGAUCAAGGGAGUCCCCUGUAGACUGUAGUGUGAACAAAUGCAGCAAGCUCGUCGGAGCAGGCACAGAGUCCAACCCAAUGAGUUACAGCACCUACAUGGAUGAGAAGAACGGGCCUCCUCCCAACAUGACCACCAAUGAGAGGAGAGUCAUUGUCCCAGCAGAUCCCACUCUAUGGACCCAGGAACACGUGCGCCAGUGGCUGGAAUGGGCCAUAAAGGAGUAUGGAUUAAUGGAGAUUGACACCACCUUCUUCCAGAAUAUGGAUGGCAAAGAGCUCUGCAAAAUGAACAAGGAUGACUUCCUCCGAACCACCUCCCUCUACAACACAGAAGUUCUGUUGUCUCACCUCAGUUACCUCAGGGAAAGUAGCUCACUGCUGGUCUACAAUACUCCAUCCCACGCAGAAGCUUCCUCACGUCUUGCCACCAAAGAAGAUCCCUCCUCCUAUGAUGCAGUCAGGAGAACAGGAUGGGGCAGUAAUAUGAAUUCUGGCCUCACUAAAAGUCCUCCUGUUGCAGGGACACAAAAUGUGAACAAGACAACAGAACAGCAACGGCCCCAGCCAGAUCCCUAUCAAAUCCUGGGGCCCACCAGUAGCCGUCUUGCCAAUCCUGGGAGUGGGCAGAUACAACUGUGGCAGUUCCUCCUCGAGUUGCUGUCGGACAGUUCCAACGCCAGCUGUAUCACGUGGGAAGGGACCAAUGGGGAAUUCAAGAUGACAGACCCAGAUGAAGUGGCACGGCGCUGGGGAGAACGCAAAAGCAAGCCCAACAUGAAUUAUGACAAGCUGAGCCGAGCCCUUCGAUACUACUAUGAUAAGAACAUUAUGACCAAAGUGCAUGGCAAAAGGUAUGCCUACAAAUUUGACUUUCAUGGCAUUGCCCAGGCUCUCCAGCCUCAUCCCUCUGAAUCGUCAAUGUACAAGUAUCCAUCAGAUCUCUCCUACAUGCCUUCUUACCACGCCCACCAGCAGAAGGUGAACUUUGUACCCCCACACCCUUCUUCUAUGCCUGUCACAUCAUCCAGUUUCUUUGGAGCAGCCUCACCUUAUUGGACCUCCCCUGCUGGAAGCAUUUAUCCAAACCCCAACGUUCCUCGCCAUCCCAACGCCCACGUAUCACCACACUUGGGCAGCUAUUACUAGAUGCCUUUAUCUUCAAGUGGCCUUAAUCAAUCUUGUUGGACCUUCUUUUUUUUACAUCUGGGAUUUUUUUGUUUUGUUUUGUAUUUUUUCUUUUUUUUUUUUU